AUGCUUCAAGUGUUUCCAGCAGUGCUGGUUCUGGUGUGUGCAUGUGCUAACUCAGCUGGGAUCAACAGCGACCAGACUUUUCCCCAGCUGCACAUCACCACCUGCCACGAAGUCCAGACUGUGCACAAGCUAUAUUGGUCCAAUAAGAUCUGCUUCAUCAUCCUGUGCUGCAUCAUCUUCUUCCUGCCUCUUCUCAUCAUUGUGGUGUCCUACACUUCUACACUGAAGAAGACGGAAGAAGCUUCGUUGACAGAUAGGUCAUUCUUCUUUGCAGUUCCAAUUGGAACGCCAAAUAAGGUUCCUGAAAGUGAUAACAGUAACAGCAGCACAUUGAUGCAUAAUGAAACCAACAUCAACGGAACGGGGAUGCUGAAUGUAACCAGCACCAAGAGGGUGGAAAUCUCUGAAGAGGCACUGUUGUUUCUCAAAGGCUCUGUGUCCAACAUCCUCAUCCCUUCCUUCUACACACUGGUCUGCCUCCUCAGCUUGCCGAUCAACAUUUGUGCAGUGGUGGCCUUCACUCUGAAGAUCAAACCCAAGAAGACGGCGGCCAUCUACAUGUUGAAUCUGGCCUGUGCCGAUCUGCUCUUUGCUGUGCUGCUCCCCUUCAAGAUCUUCUACCACUUUGGCGGCAACAACUGGAUAUUCGGCUCACUCAUGUGCCGUGUGGUAACUGCAGCCUUCUACUGGAACAUGUAUUGCUCUGUUCUGCUCAUAACUUGCAUCAGUGUGGACCGUCUCCUUGCUGUAGUCUAUCCUAUUGACUCUCUGCCUUGGAGGACGCCAGGGAACGCAAUCAUGGCCUGCGUCGCCAUGUGGAUAUUAUCCUUCGCUGGCACUGUGCCCCUUGUCCUCCACGACCAGACUUUUCCCCUCAGUCAGCUGAACAUCACCACCUGCCACGACGUCCAGUCUGUCCACAAGGUAAUCUGGUACUACAAGUUCUACUUCAUCGCCCUGUGCUGCGCCUUCUUCUUCCUGCCUCUGCUCGUCACAGUGGGGUCUUACACUCGUGUGAUAUGGGCACUGAGCAGAGUCCCACGUGGCGUCUUAGGAUGUUCACGCAGGAGAACAAGAGCCAUGGUGAUGGCUGGAACAGUGCUGGUGAUAUUUGUGCUGUGUUUCACACCAACAAACUGUCUACUGAUUGCCCACUAUCUGCAAUUUAACGGAGGUGCUGAGGCGAUCCAAGAGAGCACUGAUGCCUCCUACGCAGCAUAUCUAGUGUUUAUGUGUUUAGGAAGUCUGAACUGCCUCCUGGAUCCCCUGGUCUACUACUUUGGCUCAUCCCAGUGCCAGAAACAACUAUCCAGCACACUGAGGUGUGAGAAGAUUUUUGAGGGCUUUAGUGGACAUUCCUUUUCUGGCCUCAGUAGUCGUUUAACUAGGAUCGGAACAACCUGA